GCCAAUCGUUAACUUCCGGUAAAGUUGGAACGCUGAGCGUGAGCAGAAGUCUGAACAAAUGUUGUUUUGAUCAGGUGUCCUAAACCAUCAGAACUCUUCCGUGUUGAGAAGCAGUAGGUAUGUCUGUUCACAACAUAUUGAUCAGCCGGACAAGUGACGGUCUUCUACUUACUGCCAACACUGAUGCCAGGACUUGCAGUGAUCCCGAGGAACUAAAGAAAAGUUUUAACCAAGCCAAGCUACUGGCCAGAAUUAGUUCCCGGAUUCCAGACCGUGCGACAUAUGUUAUUGACCAAUUCACGAUACACAUGAUAUCUGCUCUGAACUUGACGUACUUAGUCAUCUGUGACAGUAAUUAUCCAAGCGUGUUAGCAUUCACCUUCCUUGACGAUGUUCAGAGGGAAUUUCUGCAGAGCAAUGAAAGAGAACGCGUGGAAUCUGUAACGAGGCCGUAUGCCCUUAUACAGUUUGACACGGCCCUGCAGAGGAUUAAGCAGCGGUAUAAUAGUACCCGAUCAAUGGCCAGCAAAUUAAACUUAUCACAACUACAGGAGGAAAUAAAGCUUCGUCCUCCUCAUAUGAUCACACCAGAGGAACUCCGCCCAGGGGGAGGGGCAAAUGUCAAUUCCACAGACUCCCAGACUCAUUUUACUCUAGCCAUUCCAAAGCGAUAUGGGAACUACCUUCCUAUAAAUUUACUGGUGGUCGUGUCAAUAUGUCUGAACUCUCUGUGUGCAGUGUUGAAUUUUACCAGAGGAGUAGCCGUUAUAAAUGAGGCACACAUAGAAGACUUUGCCAGGGAUCAUUAUCAGAAUGCAGCUAGUUUUAUAUUUUGCAGUUUUCUAUUACUAUUCCAGGUGUACUUAAUGUGUUACCCCCGCAAACAAAGGAAGCCGUUAGCCUGUGCUACGCUAGGCAGUGUGUGCUUAUGUCAGCUAUAUCUAUGGGAACUGAGAAAUAAUGUGCAGAUCUUCUUCCACGUGACAGUGGCGUGUUACGGAACAUUCGUGAUAUUCACCAGACCUGUACAAGAAAAAUUACCACAAUACACAUUAUAGCAGUUAUUUAAUUAACCGGUGAUAUGUUUCUGAAUCUUCGUUUUCCUUUUUCUUAAUUCUGAGGAUUUUUUUUUUCUUUUUUGUCAUGUGGAGCCAGGUGGGAAUGUCUUUGUUUAUUGUCUGUCUGACUGUAACACCUUUUUACAAUGUUGCUGCACUAGGAGGCACAACUUUUUGGAAACACUGUAAUUUUGAUCUUGCCUUUACCAUCAGCUCAUUUUUAAAAAGUUUAAACCUGUAAGUGUCAUGACUUGCAAUUUUCAACUCCUGUUUAUCAUAUAAAUCGACAAGAUCUACAGAGCCCACUUCUGUGACAAUAUGAGCAAAACUCUUAAGCUAUGUGUGCUACAAUUAAUUAAGGAACCCAAAUGAUCAUACAUGUAUGUUGUGAUUAAGAUUUCCAAGAUUACAUGAAGCUUUUAUUGAUAUCAUUUGAUGCUGUAUGUCAACAAAUAGGUACUCCCAAGUCAUGUGCUUCAAACAUUCUUAACUGCUAUUUAUAGAUUGAUCUACAAUAAAUGUCAUGAAUAGUCAAUGACGUGCGCAAAUCACCUGGAUUUUGGUAUGAUGCACCAAAAGUAUAUCUGUUUUAUUUUUUCUUGCAAAUUAUGCAACAUAUGGAGUUGUAAUUAAAAGGGAUGCUCGAACUUUUGAUAUACAAAAAAUGAAACAAAGAGUUUUACCCCUUUUAUCUAAAUUAUGAACCUGACUUUGUGCAUGCAGCCAGUCAGGUUUCAAUUAAAAGUACAUUUGAUGCAUUUUUUUCUUAUUUGCACUCAUAUUUUAAAUCAAAUUGCACAGUUCAAAGUUCAUUGAUGCAGGAGGGAAAUAAUGCAACUAUUUAUUAAGAAGGGUUGAAUGUUAUUUUUUAGAGAUAUUUGUUGCUACACUAAAAAUGUAUAUACUUGUUAAAGCUGAAAUGCAAAUGGCAAUCAAAUAGACAAUAUCUCUAACCACUUGUAUUUUUAUUAAGAGAAUUAUGCCACUUUCUCAGUACAGAUAGUGUUUGAGUUAGAAAUUUAGGUAAUGUGUGCAUGCAUUUAAAUCCAUUUUUUUUUUAAAUUAAAUACAUGUAUAUAUUUUUGGCAACAAAUACUCCAGUUGAUUUUUUUUAUGGGUGUGGGUUUUUGUAUCUAGUCGUAAUUGCCAUUCUUUUGUUGAUUUUUAGGUCACUUGAGUUGCUGAAAUGAUCUAUUGGUAUUGGUUUGUGUCCUUCAAUGUGCAUUGUGCCUUGAAAAAUUGAACAUUUUGAACUUCUUCUUGUUAACUACCAAUCAAAUUGGUAUGAAGCAUCUUUUGGACAAGGGUUAAAAGGAUAUGAAUUGUAAUUUUCAGGACUCCUGCACCCCCAGGGUCUUAGGGGUGGGGGAAAAACUGCCAAAAAUUGACCAAUUUUCGAAAAUUGUUAUCUGUACAACCACACAUCUGUAAGGAAAUACUAAUUAAAUUGUUAUGUAGAGCAGGAAGACCUCUACCAGAACUAUAAAUUUCAUAAUCUCAAAAUUAGGGAUUUUGGUUCCAAGGUGGGAUCAAAAUUAUCUUGGUGAUUAUGGUCUAAACUAAAUGUAAAAAGGGGUGUACGAAAAUUGUGAAUUUAGCAACUAUCAGCGUUCUGACUCCAGGGUGAGUCCAAAAUAUUCUUAUAGUGUUAAAAUAACAUAUUAUGUAAAACCUCUAAUCAGUAUUGGCAUUUUCAAGGGCAUUCGUGUUUUAAGAAAACAUUUUGUUUUAUACUUUUGCUGAGUGUUAGAAUUCAGUUUAGAUAUGCAGCACAGGAAAUUUAUUCUAGAUUCCAUAACCCUUGGGGCUAGGGAUACUUUUAACUUGGGUGACUUUGGGCCUCUUGUUAGGGUUAUUUCUUUAUAGAGAGGUACUUGUAUCCCAUUGAUUUUGUAAAGGAGAGAGAUUUACAUUUUUCAUGAAAAACAUAAUCAUCACUAAUGUUCAAAUUACAUAGACUGCAUGUAUAUCUAUCAUUAAUGUGUAUUGUAUGCAAGUAUGUUAUAAAGUUAUUUCAAUACAUGAAUAAAUCAUUCAAUGAAUUAGAU